AUGAGUAUUUUCACUGCAUAUACUGACCAGCGGGAUGGCUUCAAAGGUUUAAUUAUUUUUAUCGUUGGUAUUCUCAUAUUUAUAUCAUAUGUUACAACGGCAUUGAAGCCCGGACUAAGAUCGAUCCCCGGGCCUAUCAUGGCUCGCUUAACAUAUCUCUACCGCCCUUUCAGGAUCGCCAAAGGGGAUGCUCCAAACUUCUAUAUGAGCCUACAUGAGAAAUAUGGACCUAUAGUUCGAACAAGUCCAAACACAGUCGACAUCUCUGACCCCGCGGCGCUUCCGACUAUAUAUGGAAUCAGCAGCAAGUUUGUCAAGUCAACAUUCUAUAAUGCUUUCAGUCCGACCUUUGAAGGAGAAACCAUGCCUAGCUUGUUUACUAUAAGAGAUCCAGUUGCCCACCAAGCAUUGCGGCGACCUGUGGCGCAGAAAUUUUCCAUGUCGUCAAUUAAGUCUUUGGAACCAUUUGCAGAUGAAUGCACUAGUAUAUUUCUUGAUGCGAUGAAACAUCUUCAAGGCCAAAAGGUAGAUCUGGCCAUCACUUUCCGACGCCGAUUUGGCUUUAGGGAGAAACGUGAAGAAGUCAUGGGUAUGAUCGGCGGUCUUGAGCUUGGAUUAAAAUAUGUAGGAGUCGUUGGACAAGUUCCGGCGCUACAUCCAUGGUUGAUGGGGAACAGCUGGGUCGCAAAGCUUUUGACAGCCCAGCCGUUUAUUGAGAUCGCCGACCCGCUUCGAACUAUGGUGAAUGUGAGUCUCCCUCCCUGUUUUCAAUUCAUCGAAUCUGGCGUCAUUCUCAUGGUAUUACAGAUUACCCAAGAAUGCAUCGAUGAUCAUGAGAAAACCCUCGAUGGAACUCAUGGCCAUCGGCCCGACUUUCUAACAUGGCUCCGGAGUGAAGAGUUGAAGGGCAAACCGUUAUCCAAUCGCGACAUGAUAAAUCAUUUGAGCAAUAAUUUCUCCAAUUGCUUGAACGAUGGAGCAGAUAUAUUAACUUCGAGUUAUAGACUUGCUGGAAGUGACACAACUACCACUUCCUUGCGUGCUAUUCUCUACUUUUUAGUCCGCAAUAGCUCUGUGUACAAAAGGGCUCAGCAAGAAGUGGAAAAGGCAGAUAGUGAUGGAAAACUUUCUCUAAGUCUGGGGAGGAUCCAGAUUGCUCCGCUGCUUCGAUUCCUUCAUCAUCUGCAUCGGCGGGAAAUUCCACCUGAAUUGAUACGUCGUGUAUAG